AUAGUAUAGUAGCACGGUAGUCCACACAGUGGUCCGCAGUUCACUACCGUUCCUCUGCAGGAAUGGAUCCCGCCCGUCAAGAAACUCAAGAGACGGAAACAGGACCGCAAGAUCAAGGACAACCGGCCUCGUUAGGAUGCUAGUAGCCGCCAUUAGCAGCCCGCGACCUCUGCCGCGCAGUGACCAUGUCACCCGCUGUGUUCCCGCCCAGCGUGAUGAUCGGGGGGGUGAAGGUGCGAGCGCUGUACGACUACGUGGGCGAGGAGGGCGACGAGCUGUCCUUCAAAGCAGGGGAGAGCUUCCUGAAGGUGGAGGAGGAGGACGAGCAGGGCUGGUGCCGCGGCGUGCUGACGGGAGGCAGGGAGGGCUUCUACCCGGCCAAUUACGUGGAGAUCGCAGAAUGAUGUCACUCAGGACGGGCCUGGUGAUUGGUUGAUCCCCUCAGGCCCUUUGUGUUUACAAUCACACCUGACGUCAUUACCGUAAUAAUUUGGAUGGAUUGUAUUCUGCCAUUUGGUUUUGCUGUACAAACUAAUUGAUGAAUGAAUAAGCUACACACUUUGGUGGGGCAGUUGGUGUGUGUGUGUGUGUGUGUGUGUGUGUGUGUGUGUGUGUGUGUGUGUGUGUGUGUGUGUGUGUGUGUGUGUGUGUGUGUGUGUGUGUGUGUGUGUGUGUGUGUACACUUUAGUGUAUAAGGUGUGUUAAAAUGUAUGUUUGUGCAUUAUGUCAGAUUUAUACUGUCUCAUCAAAAUCAUUACUUUUAUAACAGAAAUUAGACAUAAUAAACAGACAUUACCAAAGUGCAAGAUUAUAAGGAAUUAUGCAAUGUAAUUUAUGACUUCAAUCGAUUUUCAAAAUAAAAGUAUAUCCAUAUAAUAAUCAUUUGGCAUUGAAUCCUCUCUUUGUUUGUCCACAUUGGAAGAUAUUGUCCGCUAGGAAAUUACAUUCCAGACAAUGUUGUUGUCACAGAUUCGGUCACCGGCGUCUCGAGGUUUAAAUAAAUGGGAUCCCCCCCUUUACUGUGACUGUGGAACUGUUCCGCUAGAGGUGAGCAGUGGCUGUAAAUGAUUGAGCAGAGCUCUGAGGGUUGAGUCAUAAGAGAAGCGGUCUGACCUGCUGGGGAAUGUGUCGAGAUCCCUCCCAUCACACCUGGGAGUGCCUCCUCCGUCCAGCGCUUCAUGUACAGCCCCAUCAACCAAUGGAAUUUGCCUGUAGGUUUGUUUAUGUUCCAGCACCAACCAAUCCGAAGGAUGUUCAAAGGUCCAGUCCUAUCGGGGUUAAACAUUCAGCCCUCCUGCCUCCGAUCAGAAAAACCAGACCCAGCUUCCCUCCUCCUCCUCCACCUCCUUCUCCUCCUCCACCUCGUCCUCUAACCCCUUCUGCUCCUCCACCUCCUCCUCCACCUCGUCCUCUAACCCCUUCUGCUCCUCCACCUCCUCCUCCACCUCGUCCUCUAACCCCUUCUGCUCCUCCACCUCCUCCUCCACCUCGUCCUGCUCCUCGGACCGCCACAGAGCAGGGCAGCCCUGUGCCUUCUCCUCGGAGGUUCAGAGAGCAGCAGGAGAGGAGCACAGAGGAGAGGAGCGCCGCCGUGAUCCUCUCCGUCGUGAGGAGGAGCACGGCGGAGUGGAUCAAGGAGGAGAGGAGGACGGAGGAGAGGAGCAGGGAGGAGAGGAGCACGGCGGAGUGGAGCAAGGAGGAGAGGAGGACGGAGGAGAGGAGCAGGGAGGAGAGGAGGACGGAGGAGAGGAGCAGGGAGGAGAGGAGGACGGAGGAGAGGAGCAGGGAGGGGAGCAGGGAGGGGAGCAGCGAGGCCCUGGGGGGUGGGAGGCCGCCCUCGGCCCCCGCUCUCUCCCCUAGGCCCCGGGCCGCCCUGAAGACCCCCGUCCCAGGCACAAAGCAAGCUCCACCCCUCCCUCCGAGGUCCCCGUGGAUGCGGGGCGCCCCAGAGUACCUGGUGCUGCUGCCCCAGCCGGCCCCACUGAGGGCCCCCAGCCCCUCCCGCCCCCCCGCCCCGGACGGAAUAUUGGAUCCGGAUUCUCUGCCAGGAAACCCAAAUGUGAUUCUUGUCAGUUUGGGAAAGCUUCUUUCAGAGGACAGAGUGCACCCCACAGAAGGUGAACCCCUGCUUUGCUCCCAAUGUGGUGCUGGGCUCCUCUCCUGCUAUGACAACAUGGUGAACAGCUGCUCCUUCUGCCGGCCGGCGGGCCCCAGCGCCCCCGCGGCCCCCAGCGCCCCGGGGCCGGCCGGUGUCCCGGACCGCCUCUUCCUGCUGAACCCGGAGGGUCCGCACCUGGACCCCUCCGACGCCCUGCUCAUCUUCUGCAUCGACAUCUCCGGCUCCAUGGGCAUCACCUCCCCUGUCUCAUCGGAUGACAAGACCAUCUACAGAACACGACUGCAGUUUGUCAAGGACGCGGUGCUGCAGUGUGUCCAGAGGCUCUGCUACCAACAACCAGAGCUGCGUGUCGGCCUGAUCACCUUCAACAACCAGGUGACCCUCCAUGGCUACGAGGGGAGCGGGUCCCGUCUCCUGGGUGACGCCGAGCUCAUCGACUCUGAGUACCUGAAGGGGGCCGCCUCGGCCUUCCUGAGCCCGCCUCCGCUCUGCCAGACCAGGGACCGCCUGCAGAGGGCGCUGCUGGGGUUGUCAGAGGGUGGGUCCACAGCUCUGGGACCGGCCGCCCUCCUGGCCAUCGCCAUGGCUUCCAGACAAGCAGGGUCAAAGGUGAUCGUCUGUACGGACGGGAAGGCCAACACGGACCUGGGGAACCUGGAGGUGGAAGACCACGACGCUCACACCCUGCUGUCCUCCACCAUCUUCUACCAGGACCUGGGGGAGUGGGCAGCCAGCAAGGGCGUAACGGUGUCGGUGCUAUCCAUUGAGGGGACCGACUGCCGUCUGGACGAGCUGGGCCGACUGGCGGACCGCACCGGGGGCAAGGUGCUGAUAGCCAGCCCCCAGAACCUGCACUGGGAGUUUGAGAAGAUCCUUGAGGACCAGGCGAUAGCGACUCACUGCACUGUCACUCUGCUGUUUCCUCAAUCUCUGUGUCUGAGAGGGGAGAGAGAGGCGGAACACAAGGGGACGAGAGAAGUAGGAAACGUGAGCCCACACAUGGAGAUAACCCUUCAGUUUGGUGCAAAGGAACAGGAUCCAGAAAGUGCAGUACCGCUCCUGUCCGCUGGGGAGCGCGUGUCCGUCCAGCUGCAGCUGAGAUACAGACUGAGAGAUGGACGGGAGAUGCUCCGCGUGUUAACCGCUCAGCGGGAAGUGACCCACGACAGCUCCAGCGUCCUUUCCUCGCUGUCUCUGGCCAUCAUCCAGCUCAACUCGUCCCAGGCUGGCGCUGCUCUGGCGGUCAGGGGCCGGUUCCAGGACGCCCGGGCAGAGGGCGACGCCCAGAGGCUGCUGAUGGACAGAGCGCUGCAGCAUAACUGCAGUGCAGAGGAGGAACAAAUCUACGACCAGUGGAAGAAGACCAUGGAGCCCAUUCACGGCAGCAUACACGACUACACUAGGAGGAAAUCUGUGGUUUCCGACUCACAGCCCCUCACAGACAAGGGCGCCGCCCUGCUGUAUGGAAUGAAGCACAGCAAUACAAACUCUAUUUCCCUUCGGGAUAAACAGAGACCUCAGUAAAGUGGGCCGUUCCACUGUCGUUCAUAUAUAUAUAUAAUUAUAUAUAUACAUUUUAAAGGUAUUAUUGCUUGUGACUGUUAACAACUUACUCUAACCCUAAUGUAUGGUUGAUUCGAUUAAAACUUAUUGAUAACUCCCUGGAGCUUAUUUGGAGUGGAUGUAUGGAGUUCAGUUAUCGGACUCUUAUUGAUAUGGAGUUCAGUUAUCGGACUCUUAUUGAUAAGGAGUUCAGUUAUCGGACACUCGAGGUGGGUGGGUCUAACGGUCGUACAAGGCCAACUGUCUCAGGCUUCCGGAAGUGUCUUCUCUCCCGAGGCUCGCCAUCAAGGCAGCGCUCCUGGUCGGAGUGAAAGCUGCCUUCCGAUGACCUCACGCGGCCCUGGGCGGACAGGAUGCUGCGGGGGGGGGGGGGGGGGGGGGGGGCGUGUGUUUACAGGAUGGGAUGGGGAUGCGUUGCCUUGGUGACCAUUGUCCUGGCAGGGAUAUGUUGUAAAUCUUUCCGAGAGGAAGUUAACAAAACAUAUAAAGCAAAUUCUUGACAAGUAAGUGUGGCUUAUUUAUCAGGAGGACCGUGUUUACAUUGGCCAUGCGUAAACACUAACUUCCUGUAUACAUUCAUUCAGAGCUGGGACGCUGAGCACACGGUCCAGCCGUGGCGGGCUUCGGUCCGUGUAGAGGUCCUAAAAAUAUAUUUUAUAGCAAGAUGCCUUCUUUAUUCCUUAUUUGGAUAACUGCAUAUCGAAUUCCUCAUCUUUACUUAUUUGGAUUACUUCAACCCUUUCUCCUAAUUUCAGUUUGUAAACAACACAGUCUAUUUUAUAAAUUAAUCUUGUGACAAAUGUAUCAGAAAUAUUCUAACUGUGACGUUUACUGCCAAACUGCCGGUUGAAUUAAACAGGAAUGUGCUUAUGUUUGAA